AAGCCACACGAGAAGCUGGGCUGGCCUCCUGCAAAUAUCUCUCUCAAUGGAGGCUGCCCAUGGCGCAGCAGCAUCUAUGGACCUGUCCCUGACGCUGGCCCCCAUGCCACCACCAGCACCUCCAUCCUCCUCUGCUUCGGCUGCAGCAGACGCCGCUGCCGGCGACAGCGGCUACGGCCAUGGCCAUGGUGGUGGCGGCCGCGAAGAGAGAUCAUCGAGGCGGCUGUUCUCGUGCCUUUUCUGCGAGAAGAAGUUCCUCAAGUCGCAGGCGCUGGGCGGCCACCAGAACGCGCAUAGGAAGCAGAGGAUCGGCAGCUGGAACGCACACCUCUACCUCCAAUCCGACCACGACGACCGGCCGGCCACCACGGUGGCAAUGGCGCCAGCGAGAUGGCCAAAGGCGCGCCUUGACGACGACGGCGAGAAGCAGAUGCAGCAGCAGCUUGAUCUCAACCUUAAACUUUAAUUAGCUAACUCGUAUGUAUCCCUUAUCUUUGGCAUCCAUUUAUGCAUCAAGAUCCGUGCAAACACAUUUGUCUUUUUUGUUUCUCCCAAAUGACACAACAUAUGAACUUCAAAUUUUGCAGAACAACAACACAUUCUAACUACAAUAUAGGAAAAAACUUUCAGAUUUUUUCAUGCA